GCCGGGCGCCGUCCGCGAGGGCCUCGCAGAGCGCCCGCGCUUGCCAGGGGCGCCCGCUUCGCCCAACACGGUGAUGGCGAGGAGCUCGCGGACCAGCACCGCGGCGCCCCCGGCGGGCAGGCUGGGCUGCUGCGUCAGGGCCGUCGUCCCUUUCACACCCCAUCCAUCUCCGGGGCGUUCUCGCUGCAGUGGUGCCUUUGGAGGAGGCAGGGCGCGCCUGGGCUUGCUGCCGUCGGCAAGGAUGCGGGCGCCCCCGAUGGCUUCCAGCCGCCCACAGCUGCGACGGAUUCCGCCGGGGCCCUGGGGGUUGUUGCUGCACUGUCUACCCGGCCUGCCCCGACGACUUCGACGCUGCAUUACGAGAGCGAGGAGGAUUGCCCGCCGCCGAAGGUGGCGUUCGUCGUGCCGUUUUACAGCGAGACAGAAAGCGAGCUGCGCGUCACGCUCGAGAGCAUCACUGGCCAGAAGCGCUUCAUGAUGCCCGUCGUGAUCGUCGUGAGCGACGAUGGCGGACCUGCGCCAGAGAGGCCGCAGGCAGCGAUCGCGCGACUGUGGAGGUUCGGCCCCCCUCGCCAGUGCAUCUCCGCGGUGCUGAUACGCGGGCCGAAUGGUGGCCUCGCCGUGGCCCGGAACCGUGCCAUUGCAUCCUUGCCACCCCAGGUGGAGUGGAUCUUGAAUGUGGACACUGGCGACAAGCUGGAUCGGAGGUUCCUGGACCUGGGCUUCCGGGUCGCGGACGCCCGCCCCGACGUGCACGUGGUCCAUCCGCAUCUGUGCUAUCCGGACGGGAACUGGGACCCGCCCAACCUGCAUGUGGCGACGGACCCGCUUCACAAGAAGAACCUGAUGCACUGCUGUCCAAUGUUCCAGAGGUCGGUGUGGGAGAAGGCGGGCGGCUACGACGCCUCCUUCCGCUUCGGCUGGGAAGACUGGGACUUCUGGGUGCGCGCGAACAUGACUGUCGGGUUGCAUGUGGUGAACCUGAAAGAGAGGUGCCUGUACUCCUACUCGCCCGGCGGGCUGCACCAGCUGUGCCAGGUCUCGGAGCUACCUUCGUCAUA